AUGGCCCCCACCGUCGCUCUCCUCGGCGCUACUGGCGACCUCGGCGGCAACAUCCUUGCCGCUCUCGUGAAGCGCGCCCAGACGGGCGAGCUCAACAUUGUCGUCCUCCACCGCCAGGGUAGCAACAUCGCCAAGCUCAACCUUCCCAGCAGCGUUAGCACGCGCGCGCUCGAUGCCGACAACGCGAGCGUGGACGAGGUGCGCAAGGCACUGGUCGGUGUCGACGUGCUCAUCUCGGCCGCCAAGCAGACGCCUGACGGCGGCAAGCGUUUCGUCGAGACCCUCGCAACUCUCGCCAAGGAGCCGGGCUCAAUCAAGGUCUACAUUCCCUCGUACUUCACCGCCAACUGGGCCAAGGACGAGCGCGAGAACCCCGCCAACGUCUAUCUGCACGGCAAGUGCAUGCUUCUGGACCGCACCAUCGCUGCCGGCGUGCCCACAACGUACAUUGCGAACGGACUGUUCGAGUGGGCGUUCCUGGACCGCGGCUUCUUCGGUGUCGACCCCAAGGCCAACGAGCUGCAGCUUUACGGCGACGCCCUCAACGCAAAGUUCAGCUAUCUCUCGCUCCCGUUCCUCGGCGAGUCUCUCGCCCAGCUGCUCCUCGACCCUACGUUUGGACCCGGGCAGAACUACACUUUCUCCGAGGCCGAGUUCACGGGCCACGAGCUCGUCGAGGCGUUCAACAAGGUCCACGGCACGGAGCCCAAGAUCACCCAGUUCACCGACGCCGAUGUGCAGAAGCUCCGCGACAUGAGCCCGGCUGCUGGGCUGGGUGCGUCGUGGCGCAUGCACUGGGGUAACGGCAACUGGAAGGCGGUGAACCUCUACGAGCCCAAGGGUGUGACCAAGCGCUCACUCGAGCAGGCGGUCCGCGAGUCAGCCCAGAAGUAG